UAGAAGGACCAAAAUGUUAUCUCAACUUAAAAUUUGUAUACCACGUCACCAUCAACAAUGCACCGGAGAGGAGCUUGGUAGAGCUACCUGUCUCAGACUCAGACUCUCAACCAUCGGAAAAAGCUCAAACUCCGUUCUGAAUGUCCAACGUCGUCGUUUUAGACAACGGCGGUGGUCUCCUCAAAGCCUGUCUCUUAUACACAUCUAGAUGUGUAUAAGAGACAGGCCCAAUUGACCGAGGGUAUCUCAUAAACCCCGACCUGCAACGCGACAUUUGGUCUCACCUCUUCACCUCUCUUCUUCACGUCAAUCCUUCCAAUUCCUCCCUCCUCUUGACAGAACCUCUCUUCACUCUCCCUUCAAUUCAACGCGCCACUGACGAACUCGUUUUCGAGGAUUUCAAUUUUGCUUCUCUCUAUGUUUCGGAUUCUCCAUCUUUAGUUCACUUCUAUGAGGCCAGCCGCCGCCCGACGAGCCUUCUAUCUAGGGCACAAUGUAGCCUUGUUGUUGAUUGUGGGUUUUCUUUCACUCAUGCUGCUCCAGUGUUCCAGAACUUCACUCUGAACUACGGUGUCAAAAGGAUCGAUCUGGGAGGGAAGGCAUUGACGAAUUAUUUGAAGGAGUUGGUGUCAUAUCGUGCUUUGAAUGUUAUGGAUGAGACCUUCAUCAUGGAUGAUGUCAAAGAGAAGCUCUGUUUUGUCUCCCUCAACGUCCCCCGCGACCUCCAGAUUGCGAGGAAACCGGGAAAGGAAAAUCUCUUCCGAUGCACGUAUGUGCUCCCUGAUGGCAUUUCAUAUACAAGGGGAUUUGUUAAAAAUCCAGAUGAAGCUAAGAGGUAUCUCUCAUUGACUGAUGAAGCCUCAUCUCCAUCACUUGGAGUCAAGAAGGAUGUGAUUGAAUUAGAUGUAUCAGAAAAGACGGAAGACAGGAAGAGAAUUGAUCUAACAAAAAAUGAAUUUGAUUUGACAAAUGAACGCUUCCUUGUUCCAGAAAUGAUUUUCCAUCCUGCAGAUUUGGGAAUGAACCAGGCCGGCCUAGCAGAGUGCAUUGUUAGAGCUGUUAAUUCUUGCCAUCCUCAUCUGCACCCUGUGCUCUACGAGAGCAUUGUUUUGACUGGUGGAAGCACUUUAUUUCACAAUUUUGCCGAGAGAUUAGAGAAGGAACUCCGUCCUCUUGUCCCAGAUGAGUGUCGAGUGAAGAUAACAACUCAAGAAGAUCCCAUUUUAGGAGCAUGGAGAGGGGGAUCACUAUUAGCAUCUAGUCCUAGUUUUGAAGCGAUGUGUGUUACCAAGGCUGAAUACGAGGAACUUGGAUCUGCUCGGUGUCGGAAGAGAUUUUUACACUGAGUGCUUGAAAGCGUAAAGGUUACUACUAACUUUGACUGAACUAAAUCAGUUAUUUAUAAUCAAGUUAUACUACUGGGUGCUGCUGUUCUGUUUCUAGUUUUAAACCCUAAAAUCAUUUGUAUCUCAAAUGAUUUUGGAGCAAUAAGUUCUGUGUAGAUUUUCUCUAUAGUUUAUGUGCAAAAACAUGAUCAUGCACAAGGAGAGGAAGAACUAACUGAUCACCCCAUAAUGAAGGUUCAAGCAAGCUUCAAUGGUGGCUCGUUCAGGCAGAUGAAAGCGAUCAGGCGUUUGUUGGUCAAUUCUAAGCCAUAGCAGAGACCAACUAUCGGCUGAAAAUUAAUUUUAUAUACAAGGGAGGUAGAUGCAAAAUCUUCAUUGGACUGAUUGCAGAGGGUUUACAUGAACGGUAACUGAACAUAAUUCAACCGAUUUAAGCAUAUAUUCUCAUUCAAAAGGUAAGAGGUUCGAGUUUCCACGCGACUUGCCUAUUUUGAUUCUUGCUUUGGAUUUGGAUUUGGCUUUGGUGUUGUAUUCCAACAUUUGAAUAUGGUCUGAUUUGCCUCUCACAGCAAAAGUUGUCAGUCAAAAAGAGUAAUUUGCUCUGUUUCUGUUUUGCUGAAUCUUGUUUUGGUUGGAAGCUUGUAGAUGUAUAAUUGCUUUGCUGGUGUACAUUUGGCAUUUAAUCUCUCAAUGAUGCUGCCUGUCUGUCACAUUAAUGCUGGGGCUGAUCUCGACAUCUUAUUGUGCCUGUACUUGGGGAACAUUUUGAUUUUAUUUUGUAAAUUCACUCUAUGAUUCUUUUUUUAAAGUUAUUCUUGUUGCCAUUUGGUUACCCAAAACCAUUUUUCUUAACAUAGAAUUUAUGUUAAAAGUAA